CUGGGUCCUGGGUCGGUUGAAAUGUCCCACUGGUCACUGAGUGACUUCUGACGGUUCUUUAAAUGUUCCAGGGGACCUGACUUUAAUAUCGUAACAGAGCAUUUCUACACUGUAGCUCUACUGCUUUUACUCAAGUAAACAAAGCUUCUUCCACUGCUGCACGUGGCCUUGGAGAGUCAUGUGAAUGUGUCUGACUGGUGUGUCUGCUGUUAACCGGUGAAAUUUGCUCAGUUCAAACAGGAUCAGAUUUUCAGAAUAAAACAACUAAUGUAACUAUUAAUAGAAGGUUUUUUGAGUUUUUGAAUGUUAGAGGUUUCCACUUCACAGAGCCCAUCAAUCAGGUCUUUAACCAAAUUUAUGCUAAACAUUAGAGAAAGUGUUUCUUUUUGAAUAGUAAAUUAAGCAAAGUUGUACAGUACUUUUGUACUUUCUUAUGAGAUUCCGGUUUUGGUGAUACCAGCACGGUGGUUAGCACUGUCCCCUCUCAGCAAGAAGGUUCUCGGUUCCUUCCUUUGUGGACUCCAAAGACAAGCAGGUCAGGUGACGUCAAACUGCCCGCAGGUGUGACUGAGUGUCAGUGGUUGUUUGUCUCUGUAUGUCAGCCUGUCAUGAACCGCCGACUUGUGCAGGGUGUGUCCGGCCUGUCGUCCUCGGUGGUGAUACAUAAUGGAUGGUUUGGCUGAUAUCAGUGAUUUAAAGAGACAAAAACAGAGCAAGUCUAAACUAUUUUCGGACUCGUGGUAUGCGCCUAUAGUGCUUUUAUUGUGAAGACGUGAAGACUUCCUGUGUGCCCCCGUUUCAGCUUGUCGAAGUAGUUUUCCGGUCGGCAGACAUUAAACCCAGCAGCUUCUCUCUGUUUCCCGGACCGGCAGUCAAACAUGUCGAAGCUCGACGUGUUGCGGCUGUUUGUCGACCAGCGGCUCGCCGCGGUCACCGACGACAUAUUCCGGCGUUUUGCUCGAAUGAUCGCCGAAUAUGAACGCGAAGUUUUCCGACUAAAACAAGAGAUCGACCGACAGGAGAGACUCCUGGAGACGGCUGGACGAACUGUGGACAGACCAGAAGACGGGCCGGUGGACAGACCAGAAGACAGACCAGACGGUGUUGUCACAACAGGAGAACAGCAGGUGAGGGGGCGGAGUCCCCACAUUAAACACGAAGAGGGUGGAAGACCAGAGGGGACAGACACUGGGUCCACACGGAGUCCUGACUGGCUGAGGGAAAGACCUGAAACAGUCCACAGGUGUUUGUCCAGUCAGGUCUGGUCCUGCAGGCGGGAGGCAGAGCCUGCUGUCAACAGAGAGGAAGUGCUCAGGGUCAAACAGGAAGUGGGAGAGAGCGGCAUGAUGCUGGAGACUGCAGUCAGAGCGGAGAUCAGAUCCCCUCAGGAAGGUGCUUGGCAGGUUUUCACCACAGAAGAAGAGAAGCAGGUGAGAGAGCAGAACUUCGGUCUGCACAUCAAACAGGAGGAGGGCGGAGCUUCAGGGCCAGAGGAGAUGGUCACCCGGUUCACACACAGUCUUGACUGGCUGAUGGAGAGCUGUGAGCAUGAGGGAAGUCCAUCAUCCAAUCACACCCAGUCCUGCAGAGAGGGCGACCUUCUCCCAGCUCAGUCAGACCCUCUGAUAAGACCAGAAUACAGAGGGACCUGCAUAUCUACAGACCACAACAGAGACUCGAUUAUCCAAUCAGAAUCAGGUACUGAAGACAGUGACGACUUUCAGUUGGAACCAGGUCUCCACAGGUCUGAGGGAACUGGAACUCAGCCUCCUGCAGACCAGAGGCUCCUGGUCUGCGGCAGCUGUGGACGAGAGUUCAGUUCAAAGCGAACUCUGAGGAAACACAUCAGACGCAACACGUCUCAAGACCAGGACCAGAUGUCCUGCAGCCUCCGCAGACAGAGGGCUCCUUUCCAGAGUCCUGCCAAGUCCUUCAGCUGCAGAAUCUGCAGGAGUUCCUUCUCCACACAGGGGAUUCUGGUCCGGCACGCUGAGAACCACUGCAAGGAGCCUGAGAGCCGGUGCGGGGCCUGCGGGGAUUGUCUGGAGUCCACCGAAAUCCUUAGAGAACACCUGCGGUCCCACAAAGAGCUGGGCAGCACCUGUGACGUGUGUGGGAAGAAGUGCAGCUCCAUUAAAAGGAUGGAAAUCCACAAGCGGGUCCACACUGGAGAGAAGCCGUACCGCUGCGGGUUCUGCAGCCGAGACUUCAGCAGGAAGGAGAGUCUGGAGAGACACCUCAAGGUCCACAGCGGGGACAGACCCCACCACUGCGGACUCUGCAGGAGAACCUUCACCAGGAAGGAAUACCUGGUCCACCACCUGAAGACCGGCCACACAGAAAGACCAGCUCCACCUGCAGGGACGAGCAUGACACUGUGAAAGCCGUUAGAGCGGAAAAUAAGAGCUGAGCAGCUGGGGGGGGGCGGAGCUUUACUGGAGAUCAGAAAAGUCAGCUGAGCCUGACCAGAUUCUCUGCAGCCAGACUGAGCUUUUCCAGUUGACCAACAUGCAAUAACAGUUCUGAUGAUCAGUAAAUCUUCAUGUUCUGUCUUUUACAAGUCGAGGAGUCCCUCAGAGAAGCGUCUUUGAGCCUCUGUUAUUUAGAUUAAACCUGACCUGACCCUGGAA